GCUGCGCCGCUGCUCUCAAGCUGCAGCAUUCCUGCGCUACCCAAGUGUUUGGUGUUGGGAGUGGGGUGGUGGCUGAGAAGAGUUGUCCCUUUAAACACUGGGUCCGGAGAGGGUAAUCUGCCAGGGAUUAUCUGAUGGGGAGAGGAUUGGCAUCAAGAGGAGUCUCCUCCCUCUCCUGGGCCCUACGGCAUGCCAUCCUGUGUGUAUGGAAACCAAGUUCACUUUCUCCUUGGCAGUGCUCGGGGUGUGGGGAGGAGAGCAGUGCUUGCGCUAUGGGGCUGGGUCUCCUCUUCCUCACCGUGCUGGCCAUGCUGGUCUCCUGUGAGCACCCAGAAGGUAACAGGGUGUUUGGGAGAAGGGUUGCUUACGGGGUGCACUGGGGCUGCUGACACAGCAAGGAGUAAGCCCCUGUGCUGGAGCUUGGUGCUGGAGAAGCCAGAGCCUGGGGGCUGCGAGUGGAGCAGGGCUUGUGGCUGAGCCUUUGGGCACCACUUACAGCAGGGCUCAGGGCUGGGGAGCUGCUGGAACGGGUGGUCCUCUGCCGCAAGCCCCACUCUGCCUUGCUCCCAUGGCACCAGGAGACCUGGAUACCUACUGGUCUGGCACUGCACCCAUCUGCAUGGGGGGCUGCAAGGGGAAGCAUAAGGAGCUGAAGAGGAGCCAGUGUGGGAAUGGCAGCUGCUGCUGGCUGGGCUACAAGUCCUUCUGCCGAGUGAACUGCGGGCGGCCCGAGGCGGACUUCAACUCAGUGGUGUAUGGCAAUGACUGGUGGGUGGGCUCCGUGGUGCGCUACAGCUGCCGGCCCGGCUUCCUGCUGCUGGGGGACCCGGCCAGCGCCUGCCAGUCCAACGGCCGCUGGACGCCCAAGCCCACCUGCCUCCGUGAGUAGCAUGGGGUGGGAUGGGAUGCUGUUCCAGAAGCCCACCGUGGGGAAAAGGCUGGUGGGCACACUGGGGUUGCGCUCCAGUCUUGUGCUCUUGCAGGGAUCUGCCUGCGAGGCCGGAUCGAGAUCAGCGAGCGGGACAUCAGCGGGAGGUGCUCGUCGUCCUGCAGCACCCAGAGCCACCUGGGAGCCUCCCUGCACCGCGGCUGCAUCAAGAUCUCCUCCUGCAGCACCAAACGCUCG